AUGAAAUUGUCACUUCUUCAACUUGAGCGUUCUUAUUUGGAUGCUCUUACUGAGUUUGGCAAAAAUGCUCCAAAUACAAUUCAAUCAUGUGUGACUCUCAUAGAGGCUUUAAAUCAAGCAGGUCAAUAAUAAAUAUUACAGAAUCAGAAGGGUGAAAAAUAUUUUUAAAGAGCCAUUUAAUUGGCAUCUGGAAUCGAAAUGGAGGAGUUACUAAAUGUAAAAUAUUCUACUUACAUGUUGUAUGCGGAGUAUCAUGAAUUCUGGCAUAAGAAUUAAUCUGCUUACAAUCUGCUAAUAAAAUUGCUUCCCUUGUAAAAAACCAAUAAAAGAAGCAUUAUUAUGACAUAAAUCCAAAUCAUGAAUCAUAUCAUAGAGAAUGGACGACUUAGCAAAAUUUCAAAUGUUAUGCUCUUGAAUGAGAAGUUGCUGAACCUAAUGUAGGAAAUUGGUUUAACUUUUUAUCUUUAUAAACAGUUCCCUCAAAAGUUUUAAUUAAUUUUAUUACAAGCUCUCUCAUUCUAAGCCAAAAUUUAUCAUAAAUAAAAUAAAGACAGGGAAGCAGCAUAAUUAUAUUUUUAAUCCUAUCAUCUAUCUGAAGAAUUACUUGGAAUGAAUGAGAAGAGAACUCGAGAAUAUAAACGGUUGUAUGAAGUAUUAAGUGAUAAGAUAUCUGUAAACAUUGAAAUUCAAAGUCUGGAUGAAGAGGAGGAAGAGCAACCCUAACCAAUUUAAAUAACAGCUAGAGAAGAAAUUCUGUAAUCUUUUCGACCGAAAGUAACUGCAGUUAACAAUUAUAUUAUUGAUGUAGACUCUGCUAGAGCUCCAAAACUUUAUAAAAAGGUAGAGAAGACGGAUAAACUAACCACACCCUCAUCUAUUAACAAACCUACUCUUUUAAGUAAAGAUGCUCCCAUAUAAUAAUUAUUCAUAAUUAAGAAUCAAUUGAAAAGACCUACAAGUUCUUAAUGCACUUCUAAGUUAACUAGUCAAACUCAGUGUGUUUCAAUUUUAUCCAAAAAAAAUACUGAGAGAUUUCAUACUAAAAUACUUUCUUUGGACCAAAGUACUUUAAAGAAUCUAGAAGAUACUUAAAUUCCCAAUGUAACUAAUGAAUUACUCAUUGCUCGACCCCAAUAUGAAGUCAAAUAAUCUAGGAGGGUCGAAUUUGUAACAUAGGAGAAUUUUAAGUAAACUACCCCAACUUACUAAAUUCAACUCACUAUUCCAUCUCGACCCCAAGUUAGAGAACCUUCUAGAAAUAACAUCACAACAAAAGUAGAUAUUAAGAAACUCCCUAAUUAUCCUAGUACCUAAAAAAUUGAGAGAAUUUCUUAAAGGAAAAUUUUAGCUCCUGAAGUUUAACCAACGACUCUGUUCAUAAAGCCAAUACCAAGUACUUUAACAAAUGAAAAUGAUGAAGAUAUCACUAAGUAAGAGGAAAACAAAAUUGUAUCAACUGAAAAUGAGGAACCAAUAAAAAUUUAUUCUCCUCAUGAUUCAAUUAUCGCUAAAUAUUUGGAAACUCAUUCUAUGGAUGUAUUGUUACAAUCUGUUGAGAAAAUAAAAGGGAAGCUUAAAAAAUAUGUUCAAGUCUCUAAAAAAUAAAAAAUGGAGUUAUUAGAACGAAAACAUCAGCAUUCACCUAAUAGAGUUAUGAUGAACAACAAAUAAUAACAAUUAAGCAGAUCCAAUACCUUGAUUGAUAUUGUUGAAAAAAAACUUCUUGAAAAUGAAGCCAGCAAAAUCAUUUAUAAGGUAUUGUAAUCGGCAAAUACAAUGGAAUGGUAUCCCAUUCAUUUUUAUGAUAAAUUAUUCACAGAUUUUGAAACUUCAAAAUGGACUCUUGAAAAUCCAAAAAUUAGAGGAUAAUUUUUGUAAAAAUCCUCGAAAAAUGACGAAUAUCAUUAAAUUAAUUUCGAACAGAUACAAAAUAGUUUCUUUAAUCUUAAACGGUAAUCGGCCUUUCAAGUAAUUGGGUCAAUUGAAAUUUCAAAUCAUACUAGAAAGAUUUAAUUUAGGUUUAUUAUAGAUACACUUAUUGAACAUUAUUAAGAAAUCUAAGCUUAUGAUGACAUGAUGGAUUUGUUUGAUUAAUUACUAAAUAUAUAUCUGAUGCAAGAGGAUUUAUUUAGCGAGUGGAUCGACAAUAGGAAGGAGUAAACACUUUAUAGGGUUAGCAAGGGCAAAUCAAUGGCCCAAAAUCAAAUAAGGUAAAAUGUUAUCAAUGAGCAAACUAAGGAACGAAGAGUAUAAUAAUAAGAAGAUAUUUAAUAUUAUCAAUAUCUUUUGUCCAAAGUUCUUUUUUUAAUCAAAAGAAAGAGUUACAUUAAGACCAUGAAUGGUUAUAAAUUUAAGUCAGUUUCAUAGAACCAUCAGGUUUCGAUUCAAAAAUAUAAUAAUAAUAUUUAUAAGAAAAAAUUAGAAAGAAUUAAUUAAUAUUUUCAAUAUCAAGAUUAUGAAAUUUAAAAUCAUGAAAGAAAACCAAUCUUAAGUAAAAAAAGGCAUCGCAAAAGGAAUAAAGAUAAACAUUUGUUUAUUGCUUAGGAUAGAAAAUAAAGAACCAUUAGAGAGGCGGUAUCUCCUGUUUAAGAUGAUGAAUCUCAAGUACUAAAUUAAAGAGAUAGCCCAUAUGUAUCCUUGAAAGAUACUGGCAUCAUAUUAGGUAAUGAGUUGCAAUCUCGAUAAUUAAUUCUUGGGCCUGAAACUCCUAUCAUUUAACCUUUAUUGAAACAUAGUAUCAAGUCAAACUGGAAAAAUAUAGGUCACUAGGAAGCUCCUCCUUAAUUAAUAGAUAUAUUUACUUUAGAAACACAGGAUUAUUUGCAAAGAUUAUUUCCAGAAUUCAAGCUUAAUACUCCUCCUGUUGAUUACUAUCCUGCUCCAGCUCCAAUUAUCAAAAAGAUUUUAACUGAGUCUCAUUAUCAUUUUAGACAAGAAUUAUCAACAACUAAAUUUGAUUAAUUAGAAUAUAAGCCGAUUUACACAGAAGAUUACUUAAUUUUAAUAUAAAUAGUUAAAAUUGAUAAGUAAUUUUAUUAUCUCACGCUGUCAGAUAAAUUACAAUUAAAAUAAGUGUUUGGGAAAGAUCUUUGGGAAGAUGAGCUAGAGAUAUAAUUGAAAUAAUAUAUAAAUUUCUCUGUUGGAAGGACAGGAUAUAUGAUUGAUUUAAUAGAAUUGUAAAAUAUACUAUAACAAAAGUUAGAAAUCACAAAUUGUAGAAUUUAAAUCAAGUAAAAUGAGACUGAUAAUACGUAUUAAAGAAAGUUAAAUAAAAUCUUUAGAGUGAAUAAGAGACUUUAUCAUGUAAUACAAUCUGUGGAUUUUGUUGAAGAAGGACUCAAAGAAGUAUCAUAGCUAAGUAAUAGCCAAACAUCCGAUGAUGUUGAAUUAAUUGAAGAAUAUAAGAGACAACCCCUUAUUGAUAUUGUGUUUAUACUCGGAGUCUUAAAUAAUAAUACCUAUGUUGACUAUCAAAAUUACGUGCCAAAAUGUUAUCUAUUGAGAAAUGAAAACGGUAAGUUUAUGUUGCAAGACCCUGAGCAACCAAGGAAACCCAAAUUUCCUUUUAGGCUAAUUAUGUCUCAUGAAGAUAUGAAUAAACAUAUCUCGAGAACUAAUGAGCAAACUAUUAAUGGAAAGGAUAUCACAUUAUUUCCUCAUUUCAAUUCUGUAUUUCUCAUUCGAAAAAAUCAAUUCAUUUACAAACCAAUAGGUGCAAAAUUGAGUAUUUUAUCAGAUGAACGAAAAUUACAUCAACACUUUAGAAAUGCCUAAGCAAAAGCACAUCUAUUAAUAUAUUAUAACAGCUCUAAGAAGAUAUCCUUAUUCCUUAAUUCUGAAUAAACAGAAAAAUGGGCUCAUUUGUUCCAAAUUGAAAGAAGUAUGCGUUAGCAUAUUUUAAAUUAUAAAACUUAACUAAAAAAAACUCUAGUGGGGUUCCAACUCUAUCAAAAUGAGAAUCGUUCUUCUUAAUCAAAGGAUCCAAGAUUUCUAUUUAUGCAAGACAAGUUUGCUUAAGCAAAACAAUAUUUUAUUUAGACAAAAAUUAAAUCAAUUGGUUUUGUCUUUGUCUCUGCAAAGAUACAUUCUAAUAUAAUGUUAAUGAGAAUAAUGCCAGCUGGAAACAAAAGCAAAUCUCAUCUCUUUAUUUUUUAAAUUAAUUAAGAAGAUCCUAUUAAAUUGAUGUAUACUUUAUGUAAGUAAUUCAUUCUAAAAGCCACUUAGACCUAUUCCAAAUUAGAAUUAAUGCCUAUAACUCAAAAUUAAAUACGUAAGCAAUAUUUCUUAUCAAAUCGAUAUCAUGACAAUAAUUUGGUAAUAGGUUAAAAAUCCUAUUCAAGAGUGGUGUAUAAAUAAGUGAAAAGAAUUGAUAAAAGCUAUUUUAUAAUAAUAGUUACUUUAAUUUAAAACUAUUUUUAAAUUUAUCUCUACAAUUAAAGUAAUUGUAGAAGAUUUUACUUCACAAUUCACAGAUCAGAUUUUUUAAUUAUGAACUAAUAUUUUUUAGAUUCAAUAUUUCCAGAAUAACCCUAUGAGGUUAUAGAAUAAUUCUUCAGACCCUGGAAGUUGAAUGAAAUCCAUAAGAUUUAUUCCCUAAUUAUUAAGGCACCUGACACUUUUAGAAAUAGAACAAAACUUUAUAUUAACUAAAUUAAUGAAUCCAAAAAGGUUCUUAAGAGAUCUGUGACAUCCAAUUUCUCAGGUUUAAGUGUUAUUUAGAGAUAAUCAACAUUACAACUUAAUCAAUAAAUGGAUGAAUCUUGUAGGGAUGAUAUAAAUAAAUCAUGCUGGCUAUAUGAUAAAUUGUUAUUAACUAAAUCUAAUAGUGUAUUUGAGAAAAAGUUAUGGAUGGAAAUAAUUAAGCAGAUGAACAUAAAUGAAAAUUUAAUUAUAUUGGACACUUUCAAGACUGUUGUAUCAGAAUUAGUAUAUUGUAAUGAUAGAACUUGUAAUUUCUUAUGUUAUAUUCCAUGCCUUGAAAUUUAGCAAUCUUUUAGAUGGCAGCCCAUACGACUGCGAAUUCAUUCUUAUGAAACUUGCAAAACCAUAGAUAUUCCCUUAAAUAUAAGAGGAAAGUAGGUUCAAGUCUAUAAAUAGUGCCAAUCUUUAUAUUUAAAUUAUUAGAUUGACUAGUGCAUACCUAGUAAUCAAGAAGGUAUGAAAGUCAAUAAGUAUAAUGAUUUAAAAUAUAUCAAAUAUUAACUACUAUAUAAAGGAGCAUUUAUGAAGCAUAAAAUGCUUUUCAUAGCUAUAUAUUUAUAUAAUGACGUAUUUUAAGUUAGAAUCUUUAGUUAAACUAGUUCUAUAACCAGAAAAUUGGAUGUUAAUUAGGUAGAAUUAAAGAUUCCAUACAUAAGAUAAUUAUUGGUAUUGAAUCCUCAAGAGGCUGGCCGAAGAUUAAGUUUGAUAUAUCGAAAUAACUUUAUUCAUGCUUCAUUUUUAAAGUUGUGA